AUGAUGGACGACGGGCUUGAGACUGUCUAUGGCACGGGGGACGAGACGGGGCCGUCGGUCAUGUCGGAGAGGGUCCAGGGUAUUGCGGCCAGCAUUUAUCGCGAAUUUGAGCGGAUGAUAAAAACCUAUGAUGAAGACGUUGUUAAAGAAUUGAUGCCGCUUGUUGUCAACGUUUUGGAAUCACUCGAAAAUACCGUCACGGAAAAUCAAGAACAUGAGGUGGAGUUGGAAUUGAUCAAGGACGACAAUGAACAGCUUAUUACACAAUAUGAAAGGGAAAAACAACUUCGAAAACAGUCGGAACAGGUGGGUGGAUCUUAA